AUGGCUUCAACAUCAACCUUCACGACUGAGGGGCACAAAUCAGUAUACUGGCCUAUCCAGUCGUUCGCGGUCGGAAAUGACUUCAAGUCGCAACCAGAGAUUCUAACGCAUCUCCUGCUCGACCGUGCGAAUUGCGAGUUUGGUCUUCUCUAUCCACUGGACUCUGGGGUAGCCAUCAUGGCUCAGUUUCCUGACAAUGAUGAGCCCAUUUACUUCCAGGUUUCAGGAGUAUGCGCAGCAAGUUUUCGAUGCAACAACACAUGCAAGAAAGUUUGCAUUUUAAUGCAGAACUUUCAAAUAGACCUUGAGUUUACUCUUGCCGAACACGCGCAAGAUUUCCUGCAGACCCUAGAACAACUGGCGACAAAACUUGGUAAUCUCUAUUUCCAAGUCUACGAGGUUCCGAACAAUGUUGCUUUCACCAAGGCCGAGUUCAGCAUGCAGAAGAUGGGCUACAUCAGCUCGGUGCCACAGUCGUGGGUGGUGGUGCUAGACUCGGACACUUCUGAAUGGGCCCGGAUCUACAAGACGAACAAGUGUUCUGACUUCACUGUCUUUGCCGGCAACAAGUCCUUCCCGGUUCACCGUAUUCUGCUCUGUACACGAUCACAAUACUUCGACGCAGUCUGCGAUGGCUGCUUUACGGAGAGCGAGAGUCGAUCAAUUGUGCUCCCCGAAUCGGAACAGACUGUGGGCACGAUGCUCGAAGAGAUGUACGACGUCUACAAUCCCACCACCGGAUCAUUGUUCACGGGUUUUGCACUUCUUCGUGAGAUCGAGAAAGAACGCAUCAUGAGAGACUUGCUCUCACUGUUCGUCGCAUGCGAUAAGUACAAUCUUGAGAAGAUCAAGCAGAAGACAGCCGAAACUAUCAUCGACCGACUUCCCUUCGUUGGGGAUGCGCUGAACAUUAUCGACAUCGCAGCAUUCGUCUUCAACGAUCAGUUCCCGCAGAUGGACCGUGGUCUUCGCAAAGCCGUUAUCAUACAAACAUUGGCUCGGCUCCCCGCGAUUACCAACGAUGAAGACGCCUGGGAAGAGUACAUGCGCCACGGGGUUGUUGUCAGGGCCGUUUCUACUCAAUACUACGAGACGAAGGAGCCAGUGAUCAUGACGCCUCCAUCGACGCCAGAGAAGCAUGCGAACACCCCUCUUCACUUCCCUUGCACCUCAAUGGCCCUCGACGUGGCUUCGUCAAACGAUACGCCCUUGAAGGCCGCGUCAAAGCCUCUUCAGAAGCUUCCCGCUGAGCCAAAUGUCCUUGAAGUCGUGUUUGGUUCCCUCCUCAUAAAGCCAUGGUACCCGUCGUUCUAUCCAGAAGAGCUGGUCGGAAGGAAAGUGGAGCGCUUAUACGUGUGCCAAUGGUGCUUUAAGUAUAGCAAGGAGUUGAUGGCGUUCUUGGGACAUCUGAAAACAUGUCCCCUCCGCUGCACUCCCCCGCCUGGUGUGAGGAUAUAUACAAAAGACAACUACUCGCUCUACGAGAUCGACGGGGAGAAGCAUAAGCUCUACGCGCAGAACCUCUCCCUCUUUGCAAAGCUCUUCCUGGACACGAAGUCCGUGUUCUACGACGUGACAACAUUCCUCUAUUACCUCCUCGUCGCGCACAAUCCUACACCCAAUAUUCCCAAUACCAAUCUGGGCGGAGAUGGGACGGCGCUGCAACACCAAGUUGUGGGCUUCUUCAGCAAGGAAAAGAUGAGUUGGGACAACAACAAUCUAGCGUGCAUCCUGGUGUUUCCGCCAUGGCAGAAGCAGGGCUUGGGGCAGAUUCUCAUGGGUGCGAGCUAUGAGAUGAGCAAGAAAGAGGGAAGGUUGGGCGGGCCUGAGAAACCUCUAUCAGACCUCGGUCUUCGAGCGUACACGCACUACUGGUCGCAAACGCUCGCGCGCACAAUUCUCGGUUGCACCUCCAAAAAGAUAAUCACUGUUGUUGACCUGCGCGAAAAGACUUACAUUACACCUGAUGACAUGAUAGCAACAUUGCAGGCUAUGGAUGUUCUAGAGCAGAAAAAGAGGGGUGGUGCAGAGGUGGUGAUCAACAAGGCGAGAGUCAGGGCGUGGGUGGAGAGAAACAAGAUUGAUUUGUGGAACCCGGUGGAUUCGGGUGCUUUUAUUGUGAGGGAGAGGAGUAGGAGUCAAAGUGAGGAGUAAAUAGGAUCAGGAUCAGGAUCAUGGCGUUUUGGUGUGAGAUAGAUACCCCAAAUUCAAUUCAUACAGCAAGCGGAC